UUUAUUGUUUUAAUGUCGACACUUUUUCAUCAGAAAAUGUAUUUCAUUUCAUUGUGAGCGAGAUAAGAAGAGGUAGGACGGCAUUUUGGCAGAUUUGCAAUUUGGUCUAAUCCGGAACAAUGGCGAAAAACCUCAGGCGGCUGGUCUAUUUUGUGUUGCUGACUUGCGUCUCAGAUUUAAUUUGCGGUCGACUACAAUACGUGAUUCCCGAAGAAAUGGAGCGUGGUACUUUUGUUGGGAAUAUCGCGGAAGAUUUAGGCCUAAGCAUUGGAGAGAUGUCAUUUCGCAAAUUUCGGCUCGUCUCUGACGACGGAAUACAAUUACUGAAGGUGAACAUGGAGAAUGGUAUUUUAGUUGUGAACAAGAGAAUUGACAGGGAAAUUCUCUGCGGACGAAGCGCGACCUGUUCUGUUUCUCAGGACAUAGCGGUUGAAAAUCCAUUGGAAAUGCACCGUGUCGACGUGGAAAUAUUGGAUGUAAAUGAUAAUUCGCCCACAUUUCUCGAAUUGAGAUAUACUUUACAAAUAUCUGAGUUAACCGCAGCAGGAGCUCUUUUUCCACUCGAGAGUGCGCACGAUGCGGAUGUGGGUACAAAUGCAGUAAAUAGUUAUGAAAUCAGCACAAACAAGCACUUUGGUUUGAAGACUCACAACAGAAGCGAUGGGAGUAAAAUUGCAGAGUUGGUGUUAGAAAACCCCUUAGACCGUGAGCAAGACUCAACUUUGCACCUGACGCUGACGGCCAUUGACGGUGGAAUUCCUCGAAAAUCUGGUACUACAGAAAUAGUCAUCACUGUACUAGACGUAAACGAUAAUGCCCCAGUAUUUGAUCAUCAGUUGUACAGGGUUAACGCAUUAGAGAGCUUACCUAAAGGUAGCUUGAUCAUAACGUUAAAUGCUGUUGAUUUAGACCAGGGAACAAAUGGCGAAGUAAAGUACUAUUUAACCAGCCACGUUUCUCAUAGGGUGAGGGAGUUGUUCAGUUUAGAUUCCGAAACUGGACAUAUCAGAGUUCAAGGAUCACUGGACUACGAAGAAGAGAAGAUUUACCAACUUGAAGUAAAAGCUGUGGACAAAGGUACUCCCGCAUUGGCUGGACGCGCAGAGGUUCUUGUUGAAUUAAUUGACGUUAAUGAUAACGCGCCGGAAUUAAAAAUAAACUCGCUAUCCAUUGAAGUAAGCGAAAAUGCUGCAAGUGGGACUGUGAUCGCUAUAAUAAGUGCAAUGGAUCGUGAUUCCGGUGAAAAUGGACAAGUGCAGUGUCGGUUGCCACCAUAUAUCCCGUUUAAACUUCAAAAAUCUUCGAACAAGCAAUACAGUUUAGUGGUCAGCGAUACAUUGAAUCGCGAAAUCUCUCCUUUCUAUAAUAUUUCCAUUUCAGCCUGGGAUGCAGGGUUACCCUCUCUUUCAACAAAUAAAACUAUCCACAUUUCAAUUUCUGAUAUCAAUGACAAUGCGCCACAAUUUACACAGUCAUUAUAUAAUGUGUUCUUGAUGGAAAACAAUGCUGCUGGUGCAUCAAUAUUUGCCGUUACCGCUUUAGAUCUUGAUUUGGGCAAGAAUAGCAAGACAUCGUAUUUCCUAUUGGACAGUUUCAUAUCUGAAAGUUCUGCGUCUGGUCACUUUAGUGUUAACUCCGAAAGUGGGCGCAUUUACGCACUACGCUCUUUUGACUAUGAAAUUCAGAAAAAAAUUAAGAUCAAAGUUCAGGCUCGGGAUGAUGGAACUCCAUCACUCACCAGCACUGCUCUCGUCAAUAUUAUUAUUCUGGACCAAAAUGACAAUGCCCCAGUCAUUUUAUCACCUUCAAACGACAACAGUUCGAUUGUGAUUGCGUCAAAUUCGGCACUUCCCGGAUCCUUGGUGACCAAAGUAAUUGCUACUGACGCAGAUUCUGGUCAGAAUGCACGACUUUCGUAUAAGCUCAUAGAAGCUACUGAUCACAGUAUUUUUAGUGUCGGAUAUACCUCUGGGGAAAUUAGGGUAACGCGAAAUUUUAGGGAGCAAGAUGCUCUCAGACAGAAGCUUGUAGUUUUGGUCAAGGACAAUGGACAGCCGAGUCUCUCGAAUACGGUCUCAAUUCUCAUUACAGUCCAAGGUAACGUUAGUGAAAAUGCUUUUGAAGGAAAAAACAAACUUAGAAGUCCAGAAUUAUUUUCAGAUUUAAAUUUUCUGUUGAUCAUAAUUUUAGGAUCAACUUCCUGCAUAUUUCUAAUCAUAAUAUUUUUUUUGGCCGCUGUGAAAUGCCAACAAGAUAGGAAUAUUUGCUGUUGUACGUCCAGAAUCUGCUGCUACCGACAGAAUAUUUCAACCGGAGCCUCUCGUUGUAGAAGAGUCGCAAAAGCAAAUUUAAAUUAUCUAGAUUCUGUUCAAACUCUGCCUAUGCGGGACUCAUAUGAUUACACGGUCUGUCGCUCACCCGAGUCCUCUAAGAGCGAUUUUUUGUUUUUAAAACCAUGUCACCAGACGUUGCCUGUGAAUGAUAUUAAUAUUCGUGACACAGACAGAUAA